CAUAGACGCACCUAUUAUAGCCCCUGUCAUAAGUAUGUCUCGUGACGUAAGAGUUGCCCUUAAAAGAGGCUUGGUAGCGCGGAGCAGAGGGCAUUUUACGCAACAGCGCAUCUUGCCUGAGCCUCACUGAGUGCGGAAUACAAUCCAUCCAAAAGUGGUGAGUCGGAGAUGACAAAACUUCCCCAAACAUAAAACAGUUUGGAGAAGGUAGAGUCACGUCAUAAAAUGUGAGGAUUAAUGACAGCCUUGCCAACAUUUUUUUUACGGCGUCAAGAGAACCCGGCGCACUCACUUAAAUGUGCUGAAUCCGGACAAGCGGAUGCGCGAUGCGUUGAGGUAACAGGUGGCACUUUAUGGUUCCAAUGUGUUUUUUAGCCUUUGCGACAGUGACAGGUUUGUAGGAACGAGCCAGCAGCUUCAUGCUCUCAACAGCAGUAGGAUGAAUGUGCGUUAUGAAGACAUGAAGCCCUGAAGUCUCAAAUGUCCCAGGAAGAAAAACAGCAUGGAGAAAGAUUUAAGAAGGUGGCUGCUGCUCAUAAACUUUACACGUCCGUAAAGUGACCAACCUUAACAACAAAACGGCUUCAGACUGAAGGGAAGACAAGCUCCGAUGAAUGGACAGCAGGAUGUUUUCCGGUCAGGCUGCUCUGAAUUACAGCUUCAACCUGAGCGAUGACCGGGAGCUGGUGGACGCGUCGGCGGGCAGGGGGAAGCUCUCUCCGACGGGCUUCGUAGUGCUGUCGGUGAUGCUGGGCUUCAUCAUGACAUUUGGCUUCCUUAAUAACCUCAUUGUGCUGCUGUUGUUUUGCAAAUUCAAGAAGCUGCGAACACCGGUGAACAUGCUGUUGCUGAACAUCAGCGUCAGCGACAUGCUAGUGUGUUUGUUCGGCACCACUCUCAGUUUCGCCUCCAGCAUCCGAGGCAAGUGGCUGCUGGGGCGCAACGGCUGCAGCUGGUACGGCUUCAUCAACUCCUGCUUUGGUAUUGUGUCGCUGAUCUCUCUGGUGAUCCUCUCCUACGACCGCUACAGUACUCUGACUGUAUACAACAAGCGGGGGCCAAACUAUCGCAAGCCCCUGCUGGCCAUUGGGGGCUCCUGGCUGUACGCCUUGUUCUGGACAGUGCCCCCUUUGCUGGGCUGGAGCAGCUAUGGCAUAGAGGGGGCAGGAACCAGCUGCUCUGUGUCCUGGACGGUUCAGACGGCCCAGUCUCACGCUUACAUCAUCUGCCUCUUUACUUUCUGCCUGGGUCUACCCAUGCUGGUGAUGUUCUACUGCUAUAGCAGGCUGUUAUGGGCAGUCAAACAGGUGGGUAAGGUCCGAAAAACUGUAGCCCGGAGGAGAGAGUACCACAUACUGUUCAUGGUUCUGACUACAGCGGCCUGCUACAUGUUGUGCUGGAUGCCUUACGGAGUCGUGGCCAUGAUGGCAACAUUCGGCCCACCCAACAUCAUUAGUCCCGUGGCCAGCGUGGUGCCCUCACUACUGGCCAAGAGCAGCACCGUCAUCAACCCGCUCAUCUACAUACUCAUGAAUAAACAGUUCUACAGGUGUUUCCUGAUUCUGUUUCACUGCGAUCACUGGUCAGCAGCGAACCGCAACACCUCCAUGCCCUCCAAGACCACGGUGAUCCAUCUGAACCGCAGAGUGUACAGUAACACGGUGGCCUGCACCGCCCAGGUCUCCACUGACGCUCUCAACCAGUGCGGCAGAACCUCGGUCACCAAGCACACAAGCCCGGCCCCCCUGAGCCUGACUAUUCUCAACGUGACCAGAGAGGAUCACAGUCAUGAUGAAGCAGCAAUGACUCAGCUGGAGAGCCACACUUAGGACGUGAACUGCAGUGGAACACCCAUUAAAAAUGUUACCAGCCGAUUGAAUGGCUGUUGCCAAUGGUUAUCACUACCAUCCUAAUGCUUCAGACGGGUCAACCUGCAGCUUCCACGUUGUGGAAGUAAAAGUUAACGCUGUGAAUUUAAACAACACAACUUAAGGUUUAAGCGACAUCACUACUUGCUUGGGUUUAUGAAUAGAUUAAGGUUUGGGUUAAAAGAAAUACAUGAGUUGAGCCAUCCCAUCCCCCCCACGCAGCCUUCGUCUACUAGAAGUCGUCUUCGUCUUCUUGAAUUCCUACCGGCGAUCAACCAUAGUUGUCAAAGGCCUUCUGAACCUACUAGUAGGUGAAUCAGGCCCCCUCUGACCCAUAUCUAUGAGGCUGAGAACUGCUGAGACCACCCAUUCAGUCGGCUGAUAACAUUCAGAGCAGAUACAUGGAAUGUGGACUAAAGUAUAAUGCAUUAAAAAAAGUAAAUGUAUUUUAUGUGCGAGCUUAUGUUUGUCCUUGAGUUUUUGAUAUAGACACAAAAGUACUAAAUGUCUGAACAACUAGAUGGCCAAAAGUAUGUGGACACCUGAACAUUACACGUUAUUAUACCACCUUUACGGUAAAGCUUUCAUUAAGAUUUUGCACUACUUGUUGGGUAUUGAUGUUGUGAUGAGGCCUGGCUCACAGUCUUGCUCCCAAUUCAUCCUAAAAGGUGUUUGAAGGGUCUAGGUGAGCACCAAAUUCCGGAACCCAUUUCUUUUUGGGUCUUCUUUGUGCACAUUGUAAUGUUGAAACUGGCAAAGGAUCUUCCCGAAACUGCACAAUAUUGUCUAAAAUAUUAUUGCAUUGGGAUUCCCCUUAAUUGUACUAAAGGAGCAUUGAAGAAAAUACCAAAAGUACACAACACAAGGACAUCUACUUUUGGCCAUAUGGAGUACUUACUCCUUAUUUUAUGUGUCCUUUCAAUAUUCAUUGUUUGAUCAAUUCAAAAUUGUAAUAGUUGGUAUUAAAAGGUUUAAAGGAUGUACAUGUUUGUUAUGAACUCACUCAAUGUGAUCGUCUACCGAGCACAUUUCCUCCUGAUUACACUGGAAGUCAUUGCGCUGCUGUAAAUGCAAGCCUAGCCAGUCAGAGUUGUGCUUCUUCAAUGAGUGUCUUAAGUGGAUUGAUGUUUUAAUCAUGUUACUGCAGUCUUCUUUACUCCAGCAACUUUCAAUGCUUAAAAUAUUGUAAUUUUGAUCUGCAGGUUGGCGUAUUAUUUUUUAUGUCUGUGUUGGUGUUCCCUCUUUUGAUAUAGUUGCUUUGUGUUACUGCAUGAUUUUGUUGGAUGUUUUUUGUACAUUCAAUUCUAAAUUGUUCCGAAUGAGGAGAAACACCGAUGUGAACCUUAAUCCAAUUAAACCUUCUCUAGGAGUCACUGGUCAAGUAAAAGCCGUGAUGGAGAGCGGAAGCCAUGGGAAGUUUCUACUGUGGAGACGUCGAUGGCGAUUACUGUUGCAAUAUGUCAAAGCAAGAGGAUCACAUCGAAAGAGUCUAUGGGAUGGCGAAUGGCGCAUAUUUCACCUGGUUUUAAUUUCCCAUGCUAGGUUUGAGUAUGACCAGUAGGAGUAAUAGUGUGCCAAUAAGGCACCAGAGCACACAGCUGUGUUGUAACAUGUUUACAUGUGGAUUAGAGGGUCUAUCAACAGACAAACAGGAAGCAACAUCGGUGAAGUGGAAUACACACUGUUGGAAUUGAAUGGUUGAACGUGUCCACCUGUAGACAGAUUUUGUGAUCGCAACAGCGUGGCAACCGUGCAAGAUGCAGUCACGUUACAGGUGUGUAGUUGAGAUGAAAAUGAAGGCCAAGUUUGAAGACGGGCGUGGUCCGAGCAAGGGAGCCGCAAGAAGGGGGAUAGGGAGUGGGGAAGGGGCCAUUGUCCCUGGCCCGAUUUGGCAUUGCGGCUGGUGUUACCCCAUCGCAAGAUGGUCUCAAGUUGUUAUUGUUUGUUAUUAUUCUUUAAAUAAAUAGUAUUGCUGUGGAAGAGAAUCAUUGAGAUGCUGUAUUUUAAGAGGUGGAGGUUGUUGUGAAAAUGGUAAGAAAACAAACAAAAGAAACUAUAUGAAAAAUGCCAUUUUAUAAAAGUUUACCACAUUACUGUCAAUGGAUUUUCUAAUCAACAGCUUGAACAUGCUGUCUGUCUUUUCUGUGAUACUGAAAAAGAGCAGUAGACAUUUAAGAUUUGGACUUUGACAACAAUGAACUAAUGUCAUGAGUGUCAAGAAUGACAUGUGUACCAGCAGGUUGCAGUGCAUACACUCCCUCUUGUAGCUGUAUGACUAUUUCUUUAAAAAAAAAAAUUUAAAUAAUAAUUCACACAGCACCCUCCACGUAUAGCAUCGGAGUAGGAGUAAUUGACGCCCCAUGCUGACAUGUACUACUUUCCUGAAAAAAGAAAAAAGAAAAAAAAAGUAGCUCUUGUUCCUUUGAAGGUUGAGCACACCCAGAGCUCUUUAAAGAGAGAGUCCCAUCAAUGAAAGUUCAAAAUGCUCGAUCGUCACGUCAUAC